AUGAGCAAGAGAAAUUUCAGUAAGGAACCUCCUCCUGAGUAUUUAAAUUAUAUUUAUAAUAAUGAAACAAUAAAAGAAAAUUCUCAUUCUUUUAAUGAAGAAAAUGAAAAAGAAAAAGAAAUAUUUACAUAUAAUUUGCCUGACAACAAAAAAGACAUUUGUUUACCCAAAAGUUUAAGAGAACAUAUUGUUAUUGAAUAUACAGCCAUAUUUGUUAAUUUGGAAAGUGAUAUUGUAGAAUUCUACCUAAAGUUAGACAAUGAUUUAUUAAUAAAAUUCCCUUUUUUACAUGUUGAUCACCCUUUACAUGAAUAUUAUGAAUUCAUUAAAUUAAAUACAACAAAAAGAAUAAUAAAGACCUACCCAAAUUUUAUACCUAGUCCUUUAAAAAGCCUUUUUGAAUUUGUUGUUGAAUUAGAAAAUAAAAAAGUAACUAAAAAUGAAGCGACAACAAAAAUACUAAAAGAAAAACAAUUGAAUAAUUUAAAAGAAAAAAAAAAAAGAAAAAAUGAAGAAAAAGAUCAGUCAUAUUCUACUCUUUUUAUGAAAUAUAUGGAAUCAGACCAAGAAAGUGAUAAAACAACAAAGGGAAAUAAAGAAGAAUUAACUGAUAGUGAAAAUUUUGCAGAAGUAGAUGAUCUUAUUAACAAAAUUUCUACUUUAAAAAAUGAAUCAGCUACUUUAUAUAUACAAUUUCUAAUUAGAUGUAUAGAAAAUUUUAAAUAUUUACAAUACGGAUCAAAAGAAUAUGAAUAUUUCACAAAAAAAAUAUUAUACAACAAAAAUGUUUCAAAUGAUAAAUCAUGGAAAAUUAAUCCUAUAGAUUUUUUAACAUUUAUUUUUAAAUUGGAUGAACACAAAAUAAAUUUUGAGAGUAUAUCUGGAGACAUAAAAGAAGAUAAAAAGAUAGAAGAAAAGGAUAAUUUAAAAAUGAUACAAGAUUAUAGAAGAGAAAGAGCGAAACUAAUACUUCAUGGUUUUAAGAAAAAGUGA